AUGAGUUUAUAUUUGCAGCAAUUGACUGAGAAAAAGAGAUAAUAAAAUAUUGAUCCUAUUGAAGAAGCCUGGAUUAUGAUUGGGGGGAAAGAAAAGGGAUUUAUUACCAUUAAGGGCUACUUUGAGUAGUUUGAUAGAUUUAUGCCGAAGUUAGCAGAUAGAGAUGUGGCUAUUGAAUUGUUUUAAGAGAUUGAUAGCGAUAGAGACGGAAAACUUACAUAUAAGGACUUCUACGAAGCUAUGUUAUUUGAGUUAUGA